AUGCGUGCUACCGAAAUUCUCUAUUAUAUGCUCCGCCCCAGCCAGUUGAGGGCCAUCGUUCAGUGGAAAGUCUGGCACAACCCUGUCCAUGAACGAAAUGAGAAGAAUGAAACAGACACACAGAAGGCUUGCUUCAAGUUCCUCGACUUGACAAGUCGGAGUUUUAGCGCGGUGAUCCAGGAGCUGCAUCCCGAACUGCUACUCCCAGUAUGCGUUUUCUACCUUGUUCUUCGUGGGUUGGAUACCAUCGAAGACGACACGUCGAUUCCUCUAAAAACCAAGGAGCCAAUGCUGCGAGAGUUUAAAGACUACCUGGAGCAGGACGGCUGGACGUUCGAUGGGAACCGCCCCGAAGAAAAGGACCGUGAACUGCUGGUUCAGUUUCACAACGUCAUCGCUGAGUUUAAGAACAUGAAGCCAGCUUACCGGGAGAUCGUCAAGGACAUCACUGACAAGAUGGGCAACGGUAUGGCCGAUUACUGCCGAAAGGCGGAAUUCGAGGAUGCCAGCGUCAAGACAAUCGAGGAGUAUGAUCUCUACUGCUACUAUGUAGCCGGCUUGGUGGGUGAAGGACUGACUCGCCUCUUUGUUGAGGCGGAGUUCGGCAACCCAGCACUGCUCUCGCGUCCGCGUCUACACAAGUCCAUGGGGCUCUUUUUGCAGAAGACUAACAUCAUUCGUGAUGUGCGGGAAGACCACGAUGAUGACCGACACUUCUGGCCCAAAGAAAUUUGGUCCAAGUAUGUCCCCGAGUUUGAGGAUCUCUUCAAGCCCGAGAACCGCGAGACUGCUCUCAACUGUGGAUCCGAAAUGGUUCUCAAUGCUCUGGAGCACGUCGAAGAGUGUCUGUUCUACCUCGCUGGCCUACGCGAGCAGAGUGUUUUCAACUUUUGCGCCAUUCCCCAGUCCAUGGCCAUUGCUACCCUAGAGCUUUGCUUCCGCAACCCGGACUUGUUCGAUCGUAAUAUUAAGAUCACCAAGGGCGAUGCCUGUCAGUUGAUGAUGGAAUCGACCCAGAACCUCCAUGUUCUCUGUAAUACCUUCCGCCGCUAUGCGCGCCGGAUCCAUAAGAAGAAUACUCCUAAGGAUCCCAACUUCCUCAAGAUCAGCAUUGUUUGUGGAAAGAUUGAGAAGUUCAUGGACACGAUCUUCCCCCAGCAGACUGCCGCACAGGCUAAGCUCAAGGUGCAAGGCGAGAAGUCGGAAGCUGAAAAAGAGAAGGCCAAACUGGAAGCUGAAACGCGCCAGGAUCUGUACUUCAUGUUGGCUUUGAUGGGUGUGAUUGUGCUGAUCGUGUCGAUCAUUAUGCUUACAGCUGCCUGGCUACUGGGCGCCCGCUUCGACCUUGCGUGGCAAGAGCUGAGGACCGGCAACUUCCGCCCCCCUGCUAACAGGAUUCCCGGCGAAUUGUAA